AGAGUGGACAGGAUUGAAGUGCUUGCUGUCAAUUCUUCUCACUAUCUUUCCUUUGUAGACAGCAAAUUAGAGUUUGCAGCUGUCGGAUCUCUUUUAGUUUUUCUCCCUUUUUAAUUUAACCAAAACCAAACAUAACAUAACCCAACCCAACCCAUACAUUUGUUGUCAAGAAACUCAUCAUCAUCCGACUCAUAACUCCAAACAAACACUAUACCUCCAUUUCUAUCAUUUUCUUUGUCUCAAAAUGCAAUCAUUCUUUUCUGCUGAUUCAGAUACAGAAUCAAAGCGGAGACACUAUAAUGAGGUAUAAGAGAAUAAUAGUGGUGCCACGUUCAGUCACAGACUCGCACUGAUCCUACUAUAUUUCAACAAAAGCCGCUUCACUGGUUCAACAAACCCUAAAUAUGGCGUACCGAUCUCAGUUUGGUGACACUACUUUUACCAAAGUGUUCGUCGGAGGAUUGGCAUGGGAAACUCCUCCCGAAGAAAUGCGGAGAUAUUUUGAGCAGUUUGGAGAAAUUCUUGAAGCUGUUAUUAUUUCUGAUAAGAAUACUGCAAAAUCUAAAGGAUAUGGAUUCGUUACGUUUCGUGAUCCUGAAUCGGCUAGAAGGGCUUGUGCCGAUCCUAAUCCUGUUAUUGAUGGAAGAAGAGCAAAUUGUAAUAUUGCUUCUCUUGGACGGCCUAGACCUUCACCUCCUCGAGGAAGACCACAAGGUGGCAGUCCUUAUCAAGGAAGUCCAUCGUAUAGUGGAAUGGCAACGCCUUUGCCUCAUCCUCCACCACCUCCUCCGCCGCCACCGCCCCCUCCGGUCAUUUAUCCACAUUACGGGUUUCCUCCUCCUUACACUCCUGACUACGCGUACCAUCAGGCUGCAAUGUACAACACACAAGUUCAAGUUCAACAGCCACAAUAUUAUCAUCAUCAAAUGUACGGAACAUCAUCAUCUUCAACAAUGGGGUCACCAUAUUAUUAUCAUCAUGGCUAUUCCUUACAACCUGUAAGAGGAGCUAUUUCUGGAGCUAAUCAACGGUCACCGUUUUAUUACAUUCCAACUAAUAGUACAGUUACUACUCCUCCUCUUGAUCCUUCUUCCUUCUCCACUUUUCCGACUCCGGCUACGAUUCAACCCAGAAGACAUCCUUUACCUUCUUCUAGUACCGAUUCACAGCAAACUACUCCACCUCAUUCCACAACAGAAACCGAAGCUGGUGUAGUUACUUCAGAAAGUACAAACCCAACAAAUUGAGAAUUCAUGAUGAUGAUCUUUCAACAUAUACACCAUUCAAAAUCUCAUUUCAAAUCUGUAAAAUCUCCAUAAUUUUAUGGUCUCAUCAUUUUCCCUUUAAUUUUAUAUAAAUUUAUCCUAUAAAAAAAUCACAAUCUAUUUUCCUUUUUAA